AUGACGGAAACAAAGCUCGACCUCGCGGAUGUCCCACGAGCCACCGGCGUGGCACUAUAUGUUCCCCCGGGCCGCCGGCACUAUGCGCCUAGGCGUGACCCGGCAGCCAAAGGGGAAGACGGACGCCCGGACAGCGCUUUCAGGCCGGUGGCUCUGAGGACGUUGGGUGACCUGUACGGCAACGCAGGUUUCCCGACAAAGAGGUGCGCCCGCGUGGCCUCACGAGCGAGGAGAAACGCAGACGGCGGGACAGCGUCCCGCCGACCCUCGAGGGGUGAUGCCAAGGGGUGCGAGGACAGUCGGCAUCUGUGCCCACGUUCCCAUCGGCGCCAUCCCUCUGGGCAAGGGAUCAACCCGCGACUCCUACACCGCGCUUUGCCCAAAGCUUGGGCGUCGCUCGGGCGCAUCCGCUGGCCCGCAGAGCUCCACGCAGAGAAGCGCCCUCGGUCAGCCGGGCCCUCUGGAUUCGGCUCACCCGGCUCCGGACCCCCCAUCCCGCGCUCCCCACGGUGUUCGCCCGCGUGCGCCAGGCAAACACUCCGCAACAUCACGCACGACAGCUCCACCUCAGUACCUGAGUCACGUCCCGCGCCUGAACGUGAGGAUGCCCGUGCUCGCGCCGGACCGCAGCCCGCUGUCCCCGUGUGCCCACGCAGACCCGCCCCAGACCGUCUGGUCCCGCCGGCUGGGGAGCGCUCCCGCGCGGCGGGUCUGUGGCUGCUCGCCCCGCCCUGCCGCGGGGCGCGCCCUGGGUCCUAUCGCCGCCGCGGGGACCCUCCCUCCGCUACAGGUUCUUCCGCGCAGAGGCCCCAGCGCGGAGCCGCGCCGGCUCGGAACGGGGCCCCGGGGCCUCACAAGGCAUCAGCACGAGCUUUGAGCUGCUUGCGUAGAGUGCAGCGCAGGACUGGAUCCUGCCGGCGUGGAUGCUGCACUGGCUGUUCGGAGGAACAGGACCUAAGCAGUGGACUUCAACUUAUGGAUAGGUUUCUGCGGUUGAGCUCUAGGAAUAGUCAUAUAGAUGAUCUGCAUGAGGAUUAUGUGAACCUGAAACUUCACAUGGAGCAAAAGAUUCAAGAACUGGAAGACACUGAUGUCAGAAACUGGUCUAAACACCAACUGUCUCUGGCAGCUGAGCAAGAAUGGAUUCUGAAACAGAGUAAAAUGCAAACAGAACUGAACUGGCAGCAGGUCUGUGAGAAUGCAGAAUGUAGUUGGUAUCAGAAAUCAGAGGAUCUAACGCACAGCCUGUCUUCAUCAAGAGAGGAGGCUGAAACUGAUCUGCAGAAAACAGACCACAGGUUGCAUGAAGUGAAGACUGUUCUUUCUGCUCUGACUGUUGAGAGGGAACAGACGAUACAAGCAUCGUUUAAUCACAGUAUUUCACCUGAAGGGGAGAAACAGAUAUCUCAGUAUGAUGAUGAAAGUUCUCUGUGUAAAGAUAUCCCUUCUUUGGAAAUAAAAAAGCUGCAGGAACAGAAUACCAACCUUCGGGCUGCUAUUGCACAAAUGAGGAAAGAAAUGGAGAGUCUUGAUAAGCAGAUGUUGUCUUCUCUUACUCUAGCAGAAGACAGACAGCUUGCAGAGCAAGGUUCAUUGAGCACAAACAAAACUUCAACUGGAACCACACUGAUCAACAUCAAAGUCAGGUCACCUAAGUUGGAUUGUAUGGCAAAUUCAGACACAGAAGAGGGACCAGAACCCAAAGUUCUUGAAGAAAAUAUGGUGGAUUUUGGACAACAGCUAUCUGAUGCAGGUACUGGUGUUGCUUGUCAGUAUAGUGUCAAAUGUACUCUACGAGGACUGCAGAAUAAACUCAAGGAAGCAGCAAGAAAAAUCUCAAUUCUGAGCCAAGAAAAACGGCAACUGAUUGAAAUGGGAAAUAGUCUCAGGGCAGAACUUGGAAUGGUGUUAAACGAAGGACUCUGGCAUCCUGUUAGCUCUAAACACUGCACAGUUUGUAUUGCCUCUGGUAGUCUUCUUCCAAGAGAACUUGUCAGAAGAACACAGUGUCAACUAUCAGUUCUAAAGAAUCUACAGCACAGACUCUCAACACAGGAGUUGCAGUAUGCAGGGCAACAGCAUCCUUCAAGGUUUUCUUCUCUUACUGCCUGCCCUAGCUUAAAGGAAGAAGAAGCUCCAAGCAGCUGUGGGGAAGAAACAGAAUUAUCAUUUGCUGAGGUUCGGCUAGAUUUCUCUAUUGAAAAUCAUGGGCCAGAUACAUUCUCAGCAACAAAGGCACAUACAUGCACAAAGACUGUUCAAACUCAGCUGCUCAGUCAGAGUUCUAGUCAAGACCAGCAGGUCCAGCUUUCUUCAUCUAGAGCACAUAAUUUCUGUCAAAUUUUAGAUACGGGAUCAAGCCUUUCUCUACAAAGUCCGCGAAAGAACACGAGCCAGGUGGAGUUUGAAGUUCUACAUUCAAUUGAGCAAUCUGAAGAAUCUCGGCAAAGUGUCAAAGCCAAGGAUAAACUUGAAAUGUCAGCUGAAGAUUUGACAGUCAGAGGAACAAGGCAGGAAAUUCAGCAGAAGAUAAAAUCCAGGAGUUUAUCUUGUGCUCAUCUAUUAAAACCAAAAAUCUCUUCUAGCAUGGCAAAAAUUCGCAAUUAUAAUAUUAAAGACUGAUUUUUAUGUUGACAGCAUGUUGUAGGUUCACACUUGCUAUUUACUUACUUUGACAUCUCUAUAUCAGGUAUAAUUAUUUGCCUCAGUUUUGUAUGUCAGGUUGAGAUUAUUUGCAGCCAGAAGAGAGAACAAGUACUCUGCUUCAUACAGUGAAGCCUAAAAUAAAGGGUUAAUGUAUGUACAUUGAGAUUACAGUCUUCAUUGUUAAUACUGAUUUAUUUUAAUUAUAUACAUUAAGAUUUUCUUGCAUCAUGGAUUUAGAAAUGCCCAGUUAACACAUAGGUAAAGCCUUGUGCCUUCAGGCAGGGCUUGAAGGACUUUAGCAGAUAUUUUGUUGAGAAACUGUAGAUGUGAUUUAAGCUUAGAAGUGGGAUGCCUCAGCCUACUUCUUCUAAAUAACAAUGCAACCGUUAAUCCUGUGCAGCUAUCUUUCUACUUGAAAGAAAGGGGUUUAAAAUUAUUACAUCUGCGUCUGUAUUCUUUCUCAUCUUCUGUAGCUUUCCACUUGCUCAGAGAGCAUGAAAGAAUAUAAAAUUAAAUUUCUAUUGUCACACCAGUGAUUGUAUUUUCCCUUGACAAAAGACCGUGUGGACUUUAAGGCAGUGAGAAACACUGCUACCAUGUUAGAAUCAUAUACUCAGAAUAAUGCAGAUAUGUUGUAAGAAGUAAGUCUUAAAACAGAUGAAACUAAAAGAAAGCUUAAAUGAGUUGUGAUGUAACAAAGGAUAGCUGCGUAGUAAUGAACACACCAGGACACUCCAAUGCAAGUAAUCAGUGUAUUUUUGUAGCAUUUCCAGUAAUGCUGAGUGGUCCUGGGAUAUUACAGAGAUGAACUUUCCUCUAAGUAAAGGAAAUGCACAUGAAAAAUUCAAGAAAAAAUGUUUAAUUGUGGGGAUGGUCAAGCACUGGAACAGAUUGCUUAGAUGGGUUAUGGAGUCUCUGUCUAGGGAGAUACUCAAAACCCAACUGGACGUGGGCCUGGCCAGACUGUUCCAGCUGACCUUUAAGUUGAGGGCUUGGACUAGAUGAUGUCAAGAGGUACCUUCCAAUGUAAGAGAUUCUGUGAUUCUGCAAGUGGUAUCACUGAAUUGAAUAAUACUUCUCAGUUGCUCCUGAACACAUAAAAUCUAAAAAUGAAGGAAGAGAGCUACUUACCCAUGAAUGUCUUUUUUUUUUCUGGAGCAGUUUUUUAUAGAAACACUUUUCUGAUAUUCUUUGCAAAGAGAUGCUCUCUUCAGCACCUGAUAAUGCGGUAGUAAACCAUUUGAGAAUUUGAAUAAUUAUUUUGAACUACCUGCUGAAAAUAUUACAAAUACCUGCUGAAAAGUGCAAAGGUGCAGUGAUGUUAUAAUCAGAUGCUAAAUCUGCAAAUUUCAUGAGAUGUUACUAAGCCAAUAUAAGGUCUGAGAGACCUUGUGAGCUUCUUUCUAAAUAUUUUCAUUACUUGAAAAUCCUGUUAUUUGAUUCAACAUUGUUCAUGAGGGAGGACAACAUGAUGCACUCCCUUGAACCAGGCCCUGAAUGAGCUCUUUCUGUAGCACAAAGCAUAGUGGUUUCUAACAAGUACAGGAAUUUUGGCCCAGAUCACACCAGUUACAGCACUCACUGGUUAUUUCUAGAACUCAAUGUGUAGAUUCCAAAUUUUAUAAUAGCAGUAGAUCACCCUGAAAUUUUUUUUGUGAUUUCCAUGUUUAAUAUUGACCUAUGGAGAUGGACAAUAGUUCAGGUAUGAGAUUCUGUGCCUGUGUUAAAAGUAGUGUAAAAGAACAGUUUGUUCCAUGAUAUUUGUAGUACUGCAUCUGAACCUGGAAAACAUUUAUCUUUAUUCCUUACACCGUGGGUGUAAACUGAUGGAGACUUAAGAAAUGCCUUUGCGUAGAUUUGUAUGCAAGUUUCUAUGACUUUUUUUUUGUUUGCUUGUUUGAGGGUUUUCUGUUUUUUCGGUUGGUUUUUUUUUGUGGUUGGUUGGUGUGGUGUCCCGCUUACUCCCCCUCCCAUGUCACCUGGCAUGCCUGUUCAUGCAGACCUAUUGCCACUAAUGCAGCUUUAAUUUAUUCAGUUUCCCUGAGAAACAGGUUUCCUUAAGUCAACUGUAGGUAAGGAAAGAUUGUAUUUUCCCUUGACAAGAGAUUGUAUGGACUUCAAAUCAGUGAAAAACACUGCUGGGUUAUUUCAAUAGAUGAGUUGUUUAAUUUUAUUUUACUUGUGAUAGAAAAAAAAAGUAGUUCAGUUAUUGUACAUUUGUUUCAGAGUACUUCUGAGAACAGAGUUUGUAAGUACAAAAAUUAACAAAACAUGCAUAGUAAUAAAUAAUAAUAAAUAACAAAUAAUAAAUAAUAUUAACAUACUGCUUAGAUCCUGCAUGGAGAGGUUGUGCUAAGGGUGUACUAAAUACAGCAGGAAACUUCUCAUAUAUUCCUCUUAUGACGAAAAUAUUUAACAAAUUGUUGGGCACUGACUUCUGAGAACCUGAUUAGAAGAGUGGCAGCAAGGUACUACUGUGGAUACUAUUGAGUUGUACAAAGAAAGGAACGCCUAUAAAGAAGAGAAUUCAGGCAGAUCAGAGAGUACUGAAAAGGUAAAAGAGGACAUUAUUUAUUGUUGUCCUUAUCAAGGGGUUAAAAACCUGUUAUGUUGAGGAAUAUGCAGAUAAAAGCAAAAUAUCUGCCCCGAGAAAGUCGCAAUGGAGCUACAUCGCGAAGCGGCAGUGCGAGCGCUAUCCGGGAGCGGGGCCUCUGCCCAGAGCCAGUUCAAAGCCA